CACUCAUCUACACACUGCAUUCAUUAUUGACCUAGUUGACUAACAUUAUUAUUAUUAUAUUUUAUCUUAAGUUGACAAUAAAUGUCAUUUUAGAAGCUUUAAUCAUGUGUGAUUCCCUUUUUUGUCAAUGAGCCAGUUCAUGACAAAUGGGGACUCGUCCAAACUUGCCUGAGUGUGAAUAAUGACAGACUUUUCUUUGGUAAACUUAAUUCUUUGUAAAUUUGAGUCAAAUUGUCUUUUUGUGGGAUUAUUUGUUGGCUGUCUUGUUUAAAACCUCGGAUAUGUCGUGGUAUCCAUACAGCAUUUGUGUAGGUGUUAUAGCAGGCCUCUUGUUGCCGGUGUGGAGGCGUUUCACACAUGAAUCUGUAUAUUUUCAUCCUUGGAUUCAGGUUUUGGGGUAAGAAUCAUUUGGUGUAGUUGGGAGUAGAGGAGCAGCAUUUGUCCCCUGUUUUAGUUUUAUUUACUUAACUGUGUUUUGCCAGUUUUAAUUGAGGUACUAAUUCAGAGCCAUCUUUAAUAAGAACCACUCAGUGUUUAUUUAAACUUGAAGAUCUCUUAAUGUUUGCAUGUUACAAUUUCUGUUAAAUGAGGUUCUUUAAUGUUAUCAAAUUAAUGAGUGAAGUGGAGAACGACUGUAGUCGAUGUGUCCUGAUGCAAUAAACUACAUUCAUCUUCCUUGUAUGUGUGUGUGUGUGUGCUGAGUGAGAAUCUGCUGGCUGAAGGUAGCAGUGAAAACAUGGUGGAGUUUCACUGAUUUGGUCAUUCUCCCAAUAAGCAAGUGGAAUGGACACAGCAGAGUGGACAGACUGAUGCACUGAUAUUCAACAUGGUAAAAGCUGCAUAUAAUAGCUACGACGCCUGUGCUCUAAGUUGUCAGUCAGCUGUUUUUUUAACCAAUAAAUAGAAAUUGAUCUGAUUUUAAAUAAGAGUUACAGAAAUAUGGAGGCAUCACCAAACCCUGACAUACCAACAAGUAUUUCACAGCUAAAUGUAAAAGUGUUUUCAUAUGGUGAGCAGGUUUUAACUGAGACUUUACUGUAACUGAGGAAACAGUUUUAAUUCACAGUGCUGCUCCUCGUCCUGAUAACCGUCCCUGCCCCUUUAAACACAAGCUCCACUUCCUGGUUCCCUCCCCUUCAGAUCUACAGUUUGCAGAUGGGUGGAACCAACAUGUGAUGCAGUAUAAGAGCUGCAGGCUGCAUUCACUGCGGAAACACAUGUUGUUCAGAUCAGAGCUUAAACUUGUGCAACUUCUCAGUUGUUGCUACUGAGAGCAGACAUGGCGCAGAAAGGAGUCCAGCUGGACCAAGAAACCUUCUCUUGUUCGAUCUGUCUGGAUCUACUGAAGGAUCCGGUGGCUAUUCCCUGUGGACACAGCUACUGCAUGGGCUGUAUUAAAAGCUUCUGGGAUGGAGAGGAUCAGAAGAAGAUCUACAGCUGCCCUCAGUGCAGACAGGCCUUCACACCGAGGCCUGUCCUGGUGAAAAACACCAUGUUAGCAGCUUUAGUGGAGCAGCUGAAGAAGACUGGACUCCAAGCUGCUCCUGCUGAUCACUGCUAUGCUGGAGCUGAAGAUGUGGCCUGUGAUGUCUGCACUGGGAGGAAGCUGAAAGCCCUCAAGUCCUGUCUGCAGUGUCUGAUCUCUUACUGUGAGAAACACCUCCAGCCUCAUUAUGAUGUAGGUCCAUUAAAGAAACACAAGCUGGUCGACCCCUCGGAGAAGCUCCAGGAGAACAUCUGCUCUCGUCAUGAUGAGGUGAUGAAGAUGUUCUGUCGUACUGAUCAGCAGAGUAUCUGUUAUCUCUGCUCUGUGGAUGAACAUAAAGGCCAUGACACAGUCUCAGCUGCAGCAGAAAGGACUGAGAGGCAGAGAGAGCUCGAGGUGAGUCGACAAAACAUCCAGCAGAGAAUCCAGGACAGAGAGAAAGAUGUGAAGCUGCUUCAGCAGGAGGUGGAGGCCGUCAGUCGCUCUGCUGAUAAGGCAGUGGAGGAUAGUGAGAAGAUCUUCACUGAGCUGAUCCGUCUCCUCCAGAAAAGAAGCUCUGAUGUGAAGCAGCAGAUCAGAUCCCAGCAGGAAACUGAAGUGAGUCCAGUCAAAGAGCUUCAGGAGAAGCUGGAGCAGGAGAUCACUGAGCUGAAGAGGAAAGAUGCUGAACUGAAGAAGCUCUCACACACAGAGGAUCACAACCAGUUUCUACACAACUACCCCUCACUGUCACAACUCAGUGCAUCUACAGACUCAUCCAGCAUCAAUAUCCGUCCUCUGAGAUACUUUGAGGAUGUGACAGCAGCUGUGUCACAGCUCAGAGAUCAACUACAGGACAUCCUGACGGAGAAAUGGACAAACAUCUCACCAACAGGGACUGAAGUGGAGGUUUUACUGCCACAACCAGAACCCAAGACCAGAGCUGGAUUCUUAAAAUAUUCACGUGAAAUCACUCUGGAUCCAAACACAGCAGACACACAGCUGUUAUUAUCUGAUGGAAACAGAAAAGCAGAACGAAUGAAACAACACCAGCUUUAUUUUAGUCACCCAGACAGAUUCACUGAAAGUUGUCAGGUCCUGAGUAGCGAGAGUCUGACUGGACGUUGUUACUGGGAGGUGGAGUGGAGCGGGGGAAGUGUUGAUGUAGCAGUCGCAUACAAGAAUAUCAGCAGAGAAGGAUAUGAAUCUGCGUUUGGACGUAAUAACCAAUCUUGGUCUUUAGAUUGUAAAACUAACAGUUAUACAUUUUGGUUCAAUGAUAUCUCAACUCGCGUCUUCGGUCCUGGUUCCUCCAGAGUAGGAGUGUACCUGGAUCACACAGCAGGUAUUCUGUCCUUCUACAGCGUCUCUAAAACCAUGACUCUCCUCUACAGAGUCCAGACCACAUUCACUCAGCCUCUGCAUGCUGGACUUUAUCUUUGUUAUGAAGGAGACACAGCUGAGUUGUGUAAACUGAAAUAGACAGAAGUCAUUUCAGACUUCAUGUGUCAGAUUCUGUUGUAAUUCUUCAUGUUUUUGUCUCCAUUGUUUCUGAGAGCUCAUAGACAUUCUGGAUUAAACUAACAGAUUGUGUGGAUGAAAUGAAUCUGAACAUGAAAUCAUUGAACAAGAGUCAUUUAACAGACUUUACUGAUUGGA